ACAUCUCAUCAAGCCGGUCAUUCAUCGUCCGGAUCGGUCAUCCGUGAAGGUCCCGCAACAAGUGCCCUAGGGAGAAAGGGACUGUUGAGCGAGAGUGCACCACCGAUCGCACCGAUGUCACCCCGUCCGAAUCGCUUCCCAUCGAGACCCCGUCGACAGCCGUCCGCACUGGCCGGUUGCUCUUCGGCGGCAACCGGGCGAGGCGGUACGGGACUUGCCGGUGCCCUAGGACCACUGGCAAGGGCCGAAUCGUACGAAGACGAUACGGACUCGGCGUCCCAGGACGGUCAAUCGGGAUCAAUAGUGAUCGUUAGUGAGCUUCCUAGCAGCACGGUUGUGCAUAGCAGUGCGCGGACACCUCCUCGUCAGAGCAUCGGCUACAGUCUCGUCAGCCGACCAUCGUCCGCUUCUAGCAAUCAAUCCCGGGUUGCCAUUAGCCCGCUGUACUGUGAGGGAUCCGUACCGACGCUUCAAUCACCGAAGAAUGCCGUCGCACCGAGCGAUAUCAUCUUUGACCGUCCACCGGCCGGACAGACGACACUGAUGAGCUACUCGUCCGGCAACGCGGACUACAUGGGUAGCUUGGUGCAGGUGAAGAACAGUCUCGUGGCGUCCUCGUCCUCAUCCGACCACAAUUCGCAUCAUCACCAUCAUCAUCACCAUCACCAUCAUCAUUACCAUCAUCCUCAUCAUCACCAUCAGCAAUACAAUCAUCAUCAUCACCACAAUUAUCAGGCACGAUCGGCAGGCGGUGGGCUGAUGGUGGGCACCACGCCGAUGCCAGCGAUGAAUUUGAAUCUCUCCUUCGACCGUCCGGAACCGCCACGACCGGCGACGAGUGUAUGCGGUGGUGGUGGUGCUAGUACUCAAUUUCAAUCCAACAGUGCCAGAGGUGGUGGUGAUAGUACGCCAAAGAAGCAAAACCUUAAGUUUAUCGACGAAGCACUAACGCCAGGCACCUCGCUUUCCACGGAAGUUACUGCUGCUGCUGGUGCUCCUGGUGUCGCUCAGGAAACUCCUUGCUCUGCCGGUGCCCCCGGACUGCCGGACACGAAUGGAUGCGAAACACCGACAAAUACCAACGGCAACGCUGGUGGCGGUAUGCAUCGUACACCGACGGUUGCAUCGAUGAUGCCGUACGUCGGUGGAACCCGCAUUCCCGAUUCGAUCACGCGUAGCUGUAGCGUCGGUUAUCUUGACAAUAUGACGAUCGUGCCGGGGGAGGAAGCACUCUCGAUGAUGCGCCGCGAUGCACCGUACAAGCGGUUGGUGUUGGUCGAUAAAAAGCGACAGAAAAAAUCCAAACGUAAUCUCGACUGUGGUGAGCUGCGACGGUUGGAUACUCGGUUGCGUAGCGAUCCGAAAUCGAAAAGCCUGGACUCGUGCGAUGUGCUGCAGGACGUGCCCAACCUGAACCGCGAUCUGAUUAAUCUCUUCCGUCAAAUGCCCAAAGUGCACGAGCUGUCCGAGAACGAGACGGAAUACUCAUCGGACGGAGUACCGGCGACCGGCGAACGGUCAACCGAGGCUAAGGCAGCGGCAUGCAGCAACGGUCCGGUGCAACCGGGUACGCCCGUACGGAAGGGUGCCCCGAUGAAGUUUGGGGCCGGCAUAUCCGGCCACGGUGGUUCCAAAACACCGAUCCUCAACCGUAAGGAGAAGCCCAAGAGUUGCUCGGUCUGCCAUCAGAUUGCACCGACAGUGAACUCCACCGAAACGGUUUGCAUCAAGUGCCGGAAGGGGUCCACGGAUCGUAGUCCGACGGACGGGGGUAAAGACAGCGUACUCACGAAUGGGUUAGUGGAUGGUGGAACUGCUGCUAGUGCUGCUGCAGCUACCACUUCCUCGGUUAAUGCAGCGAAACCACCGCAAGCUCCACCAUCGAAGACGAAACGAACCACCUUGGGCCAGUACCUGCGAUCGGCCUGCAGUAGCAACCACCACGGGGAUCACGCGACUAAGGAUACUACAAACGGUACCAACGGGAGCAGUGGUCGGUGUAGCUUUUUCGAACGAAAAUCAACGACAAACGCCAGUGGCAGUGAGAGUAGUAGUAGCGCUAGUGCGUCUUCCGUCGAUCCUCCAGCAGCAGCCGCAGCAGCAGCAACAGCAACAGCAACGAUUACUGCCGCUCCAUCGCACAGCACACCAUCCCGAUCGGUAGCACGGAUCGUGACGAGCUUCACCGAUAGUCCGCUAUUCUCACGCCGUAAUCGGCAAGCCAAGGCGGACGCUGCGGCGGCGGCGGCAGCGGCAGCGGCAGCAGCAACCGAUCAGAGCAGCAAACCGCCCAGUGAAACCAGCACGCCAAUUCUGCUCCGCUGGAAUGGACGCCAGAAUCGUAAAUCCGAUUCGCUCGAUUCACCGAAGAAACACCGCCGUAAUGGUAGCUGCCCGGGACCGAGCAAGGACUCGACGAUGACGACGACGCUCGACUCCAGCGAACCGACCAACGGUAGUACGUCCUUGGCAACGACCUCGUCGCAAACGGAAGACAACACACCAUCGCGUGCUGGUGGUGGUGGUGGUAUCAUUAGCCGAUGGAGAGACAUGGAAGAGAAUGGCCGCUCAUCGACACCACCACCACCACCGCCGGCUUCACCGGCCCGCCUAGCCCGUAGCUCACCGGCAUCCCCGACACCGAGCAAAAAGAGCAAACGGCACCAAAGUGCCUCCCCGAUACGGCAUAUUCUUAACUCGCCGCUGCUGAACCGCCGGCAGCGCAAGAAGCAGCACACGGAAAGCUCCGACGAUGAGAACGGAGGUAACGGUGGCGGUUCGCACACUAACGGUGGACAUACUAACGCCAAUGGCAGUUCGGUGAACCAUACGGACGAGAGCAGUGGUGGUAGUGGCAGCGCGAAGCAGUACCGUGAUCUUGAGACCUUCCAGAAGGCGCAGCUUAGGCAGAAGCUAAAGCGCGGUAAAAUCGAACCCAAUGGUAUUGCCAGUUCGGCGGUCUCGCCGGCCCCGGUACGCCGGGAGUUUGUGAUGCACAACAAGGCCCCGAUGUGGAACGAGAACAGUCAGGUCUAUCAGCUGGACUUUGGUGGACGGGUUACGCAGGAAUCGGCCAAAAACUUCCAGAUCGAGUUUCGUGGCAAACAGGUUAUGCAAUUCGGUCGCAUCGAUGGUAACGCGUACACGCUUGACUUCCAGUACCCGUUCUCCGCCCUGCAAGCAUUUGCCGUAGCCCUGGCCAACGUUACCCAGCGGUUGAAAUAAUGUUUCGGAUCAUCCUACGGCCGUACGGCAAAGGACAGAACUACCGGGGCACUACAUAUCACAGCCAGAGGCCACCAGGAUCGCGCCGGAAGCGUUGCGAUCGCCCGUUCAUUUACAUUCUAAAACAUAUCAUUAGCAAGGUGUGUCACAUGUGAAAGGAGUGCUCGCGUCAGACUCCCCAGAUCGGAGAACUGGCCCAAAAAAAAAACUAAGGUGCCUCGUAGCGGCCGGAUGAAGAUAUUCCAUUAAUGAUAGAGCCAAUUUGCGCCCCCGGGCGCAAUCUGCUUGCUAGCUUGUAAUUACCAGCGCCAAUAUGUGUAGAACGAUGAAAAAAGGCGUUGUUUGAACGGCGUCGAUUGCGGAGCAUGUGCCAUGUCUCCAAAGCCAAAGGAGCACAACCCGAAACGAUUUCUGUUGGUGGCCAAAUCGAGCACGCAAACGGAGCCGCUUUAGGGGUUUCUUUACAAGUGACGACGACGACGACGACGAGGCACGUAUGCAAACGUCCAACCAAAACUGCUGUUGUAUGCGCUUUAUGCAAACUGUGUGCAAUAUUUAAAUCUGCGUUCUGUUCCUUCGCACCAUUUGGUACUUACUUCCUCCCCCACCUCGGGGAGGACUGUCUUUUGUAGAAGGUUAUUCUAGUCGGUGUCUAUAGUCGAUAACACUACUUGUCUGUUUCUGUCUGUCUGUGUGUGUGUAUGUGUGCAAAGAGGAUAAUGAAAGCCAGAGGGGCCGAGUGUUCAGCAGAGCUUUUAUAGUAGAUGUGAGUGUAAAUAGUCACUAAAUUCCAGUGAGACAGACGCGGUAGCCUGUAAGUGGAAUAGGAUCGAGUGGUGGUGGAUCGUGUGUAUAGAAAAUCCCAUUUAAACCCCUAAACGCCCCAUAGAGUAAAGGAAAGAGAGAGAGAGAGGAGAUCGUUGAGGUAAUCGAGCCUCAUAAACCAUUUUUAUUCCACGUGUCUAGUCAAACUGUGUACACCUUUACUGUGCGUAGUGCGUGCAAAAUGGUAAGCAGCCCAAAUAGCGCGCCAGGGGAACCGCCGCUUGCUACGUACAUGCUUCGUUUCGAAGUGAUUGUUCGGUUUUGUUAAUUAAUGAUAUGGCCUACUACUACUACGCUUGUUGAGUUAAAAGCACACACACUGGAUUGUGCCGGCUACCUAAUUUGUUCUGUUUCGCCUUUUGGUACUGACUACUGUUCCAUGCCAUCGUUUAAUUUGUUCCGCUUCUGCAUUAAAGGGAUUAUGGCGUGUAGAUGUGUAGGAGGAAUAGGGGUAGACUGGGUGUAAGAUUUUCGUGCGUUCCUCGCUCCUGGCCCCCCACCCAUCGACGAAGCUUUAUCCGGUACCAUCCAAACAGUUCAUUGCAGUGCGAAGGAUGUUCCGCGGGGCCGCAUGCUUUGUCUACCUUUUUUUUUAACGCAAGGACGACAAGGAGGCUCAGGCUAGCGGCUCUGCGGGACAAUAAAUGAAUGUUAACCGAUUUUAAACGUAAGAAAAUGCUUAAACCAUUUACACAUCUUCUGCUGCAGUGCAAAAGCAGUGAGCGAGAGCUCACACGCUCAUACCAGAACCGAAAACAUAGCAUAAUUAAACAUUAAACAGAACAGAAACGCAUACGAAAGCAUCAGUUACACCAAAUGAGGAUGAAGAGAAAAACCCAAAACCCCCAGCCAGCCAGCCAGCCAGGAAAACUUGCAGGGACGAAAUAUGCCGAUGAUGAUGUUAACGCCAAAAGCCGAAAAAUAUGUAAAAAAAAAAUUCCAUCCAUACUACUAUCGUUUUUGUAUCGUGCGUCGCUGCCAGGCGCAUUGCUAGCUUAUUGAUUUAGCUUUUGAUAUUGAAUAUUCUGCGGCGCGAUAAUCCCGGGGCAGGACGUUCUAGCGUGAUGAAAACUGUUUUACAUACUAAUGACAGAUAAUACGGUCGGUACGGUCGGUGGGUAAGGAAAAUCAGUCUCAGUAGGCAUCUCUGCUAUUGCCACCAACGGGCAGAAAUGUAGGCUUUUCCAGAAAAUCCAAUUCGUUUGUAUCGCCGCGUUCAGGCAAGAGAAACUGUGCUUCGGAGUCUCGUAGAACAAGAUGAAUGUUUGCCAUUUUCAGUGCCAUUUUAGAAAGGAGAAAUGUGCAGAAGAGAGCGAUUGUCGUGUGGAGUCUUCCGUCUGGGAGCGAAAGAUGAGCCAAGGCAUGGCAAAGUGAUCAUUUGGAUUCUCGUUUUGUUAGUUAAUGAAGACAUGCAUUUGAAUUCUGAAAAAAAACUAGGAACAAUUGUAAGUGUGUAUCAAGUAGUCGAAGAAUGAUUAUUUUGGAAACGGCGCUGCUUAUGUACGCUGUACGGAAAGUCUUGAAUUCGCGGGAAAUUGCUAUGUAUAGAAAACUGAGAGGAGAUUAGCUAAAACAAAACAAAAAUCAAAUACACUUCACGCGACGUUUACAAUUUGAAUGCUAGCAAAAUUAUACUAAAUUUUAGGCCGAAAUUCUGCCAUCGGUGCAGCAGAAUGAUCGAUGGAAAGCUAAUGAAAUUUUAGUCGCACUGGUGAAUUACAGGCAGCUGGUAAUUAGAUAGUCUUGCCAGGUUGGCUACACGCGCGCGGCCGGUUUCGCGGUGUACUGCUUAUUCCAAGGAACGAAUCUAGUCGGAACUGAUGGAGGAGUGUAUGCGAUACGAAAGGAAAAAACCUACUUUGAAAUGCCAUGGUCGUUGCUACGAUAAAUAUAAAGACA